CACUUCUUCCCGGAUGAUAAGAAACAUAUGUAAUUUUUAUCACAGCUAUAGAAGAUUAUGAUUGAGAAGGUAAUAAAUAAGAAUAAUUUUAAUAAUCUUAAUUGAAAAGCAACAUGAAGUUCAGAGCUGAAGAAAUAUACAAUGGAGCUAUUAAGUAUUAUAUAGGUACGAUUCACACUGAAAAUUGAAAAAAAUAAUUAAUUUUUACUCAGGAUCAAUAGUGUUUUUAUGAUAUUAUACUUUUAGAAAUAUAAAAACAAUGUCUUCACAGUUAAUACUGUUUUACCGAUAAAAUCAUGUUAUCGAAAUUGUUUAAAACACGUCAUUUGUGUGUCUGGCGUUCUCCAAAUUCAUUGUACUAUAAACGCUUUCAUAGUAUGAAUAAUACACAAAAAAAGAGAAUACGGUCUACAGUUUAUUAUCUUUCUUCUGUAGGAGUACUUACAAUUGGUCUUAGUUAUGCAGCUGUACCACUAUACAAAAUGUUUUGUCAAGUGAGAUUUUUUUAUAGUUACAUUUACUGUUUUUUUUAAAUUUAAUUCUGACUCUAGGCAUUCAGUUAUGGUGGAACACUUAAUCAUAAUUUAGAAGAUUCUAAAGUAGAAACAAUGAAACCCGUUAGAAAUAGGGAGAUCAAAGUCCAUUUCACUGCCGAUACAUCAUCCAGCAUGCAAUGGAGCUUUAAACCACUUCAAACUGAAAUCAGAGUAAUAUAUUUAUGUUUUUGAGUAUGAUAAAAUGUAGUGCAUAGAACAUCCAGAUUAACUUUGUCUAGGCCUGAAUUAACCUAUAGACAAGAUAGGCACAUGCUUUAGACUAGACAAUCACAAGGACUAUUACAAGCGGUCUACAUCCUAAUACAUAGGCAUCAUUGUUUGAAAAAUAUUUUUUUAUUAAUUUUCUAAUAAACUAAACAAAAAAUUUGGAAGUUAAUUAACUAUUACUAAAAAUCUAGUGUUUUAUUUGUGUCCAGUUGUGGCGUAGUAGACAACUACGUUAUUUGCCCACCCCCUCCCAACAAAAACAAUUUUUUGGUAUCAAUAAAUGAUGGCAUUCAUAAUUAUAUAAAGAAUAUCAUACUUUUGAAUGAAUUUUCUAUAUUUAGUUUCGUAUUAAAGUAUUUUAUAUUUUGCUUCCUUUUAUUAAAACAAUUAAACAAAAUUUUCCUACUUAACAAAAAAAAGGCGUAUAAUUAAAUAUGAGUGUAUUUUUAAAUUGUCCAAAUUAAGUACCUACCUAGUAAAAACAUAUCAAUUUUCAAAUGAGAACAUUGUUAUACCUAGCAUUUUUGAUCUAGUUGGUGUAUUGAGAUGUUAUUUUUUGAUUCUCAUUUCUCCUUAUAGUUUUAUUAGUAAAUGAGUAUCGAGCAAUUUUUUGCAUAACUUUUGUUGAUAUUUUGGGUGGUCACUAUGACAACAAGGAAAAAAGACGAAUAAUAAUAUUCUGGUCAAAAUCAUUUUUCAUUAGAAAUGAUAUAUUGUUGGUAAAGAUAUAAAUUCAAUUAUACUAUACAGCAUCAAUCUAUCGUAAUACACUCAUCAUCUUAGAAAUUAUUAACUUUUUUCAGAAUUUGUUUUAUUAGAUUAAGAAACUAGCUGCUUUACAGUUAUGUUAUUUUUGGGGGUAUUUAUGGAAUUUUUAAUAUAGGUUGCCAUUUGAAAAUCAAAAUUAGGUAGUGGUUUUACACCCAAAAAUAAGGAUAACAAAAACAAAAAAACCAAAUUAAAAUUGUAGAGCUGAUUGUUUCUUAAAUGUUUUAUAAAAUAAAUUCUGAAAAAAUUAAUAAUUUCCGAUAAAAUGAGUGUUUUACUAUAGAUUGAUCACCCUGUAUAUUAACUAAUAAAAACUUUAAACAGAUGAAUAUUUUAGUAUUUCUGAUGAUUGUUUAGUAAAAUAUAUCCCUUGGUGAAAUACACACAGAAUUAAUUUUAUGCUGUAAUUUCACACUUCUUGUUUUAUUGAUACCCAAUUAUUAUGUUAGUAUAAAAUAUAAUUGCUACAGAUGUAGUUCUAAUAAAUGGUUAGAUAAUAUUAUAUGUCUAAUAAUUUUAAUAAAUUAGUUUAUUUACUCUAUUAAAUACUUUUACUUUUAAGUCAAUUAUAAGAAAAAUUUUUUUAUAUUAUUUAUUUAAAUGAAUAAAUGUUAAAUAAAUAGUUAAUUUAUUAUAUUUGAAUUAGGUAGCACCUGGUGAAACGGCAUUAGCAUUUUAUACUGCUAAAAAUCCAUUAGAUAAACCCAUUACAGGUAUUAGCACAUAUAAUGUCGUACCUUUUGAAGUAGGACAAUAUUUCAAUAAAAUCCAAUGUUUUUGUUUUGAAGAACAACAAUUGAAUGCAAAUGAAGAGGUACCUAUUUACUAAUUAUAUUUGAUAAACUAUUGAACAUUUGUUUACUUUUUAUUUUAAAUUAAAUGUAUAAUAGGUUGAUAUGCCAGUGUUUUUCUUUAUUGAUCCAGAGUUUGCUACUGAUCCAAAAAUGGAAAACAUUGAUGAUAUAACACUAUCAUACACAUUUUUUGAAGCUAAACAAGGAGUCAAUUUACCUAAUUUAUUUAAACACGGAUAAUGAAGCAAAUUAUUAUAUUUUACUGUAGUAAACAUUGUUAAUUACACAUGACUAUGUGUUUGUAUACAUUUUAAAUACAAAAGCAAAUUUAGUGUGAUCAACGCUAAUUAUAAUAUUUAUUUAUUUUAUAACUCAAAUGUAAUAUAGGAAGGAAUAUGAGAACUCAUAUACCCCCAUUUGGAACUAAAACUAAACUAAUAAAAGGGCAUACACUCACCCUAGGUAAGACUUGUCAACUUUAAAAAAAAAAUUAUCAAUAA